AUGUGGAGGGUUGGGUUUAAAGAAUUUAUACUAGAAGCUCAGCCACAGUGGAUUCAACCAAGUAGAAAAUUAGUGGCGAAAAGAGUGUGGGAGUUGUACCAAUCUGAGAAGGGAAAGAUGAUGUCGAUCUUUGCACAGCAUACAAAGAGAGUUAGUGUAACCACUGACACUUGGACAUCAAUUCAGAACAUUAACUACAUGGUGGUCCCUGCCCAUUUCCUGGACAGCGACUGGAAAUUGCACAAAAGGAUUAUUAACUUUUGUUCAAUUACCAGUCACAAAGGGGAAGAUAUAGGGAGGGUCUUGGAGCAGUGUUUGAGGGAAUGGGAUAUCAAUAGGGUGUUCACUAUCACAGUGGACAAUGCUAGUGCAAAUGACCUAGCAGUUGUCUACAUGAAAAGAAGGCUGAGGAAUAUGAACACUUUAAGCUUUGAUGGGGACUUCUUACAUCUUCGAUGUGCAUGUCACAUCAUCAAUUUGAUUGUCAAGGAUGGAAUCAAAGAAUUAGAGGACGGGAUUGAUGCAAUUUGGCAUUAUGUCAAGUUUAUUAGGUCAAGUUCAAGUCGAUUAGACAAGUUUAGGGAGUUUUCUGUUCUUGAGCACUUGAAUAAGACUGCAAAUGUUCCCCUAGAUGUGAUCACUAGGUGGAAUAGCACUUAUUUAAAGCUUGCUGCGGCAUUAAAAUUUGAGAAAGUGUUUGAUAGGAUGGGUGAUGAAGAUGUGCAGUUUAGGCAAUAUUUUGAGGUGAAAGAUACCAAAGGUAGGAAGAGGACAGACCCUCCCAUAGAGGCAGAUUGGAGAAAUGCUCAAGCUUUAGUGCACUUCCUCAAAAAAAUUUACGAGACAACACUCAAAUUGAGUGCUUGGAAAUCAGUUACUGCAAACUUGCAGUUCAAAGAGAUGAUCAGCCUUCAAUGUAAAGUCCCGAACCAGAAUUUACUGAUUUACUAA